ACUCUUUUUAACCACUUGCAUUUACUUGCCAGCAUACCUGUUGGAAUCUACUUCAACAGAAGACCAGCUGAAACAACUAGCCUCAUGGGACUGAUCAACUACUAGAUUCUUGGACUUCCCAUUCACAGCUGACCAUUGUUGGGAAGUUAGACUACAGACUGACAGAAGCUGUAAGUUGAUUGGAAAGCAACUGGCGUUCAAUGAUGCUGAGCGAUUAGACUUGGACUUCAGGAGCUUCAGAUCCCAAAAUAUUUGGUUCUAGGCAAGUCAUAGAGGGCCUGAUGACGGAGCAGGAUCUGAAGAUGAUGGAGCAGGAUCUGAAGGCCUGCUACUCAAUUGAAGAGAACUUCGACACUAACUAUAAGAUGCUGAACACACUGGGUGAAGGAAAAUUUUCAGUGGUGAAACGAGCCUUCCAUGUCCCCACAAGUACCUCUGUGGCUGUAAAAAUUCUCCAAAACACCAAGGAGUACACCUCACCCAUCUGCAGGGAAGCCAGGAUUAUGAAAUCACUUAGCCAUCCUAACAUUAUCAAGCUGUUUCAUGUGGUCCAGAGAAGAGAGACUACCUACCUGGUGAUGGAGUAUGCCUCAGAGGGAGAGCUACAAGAUCGCAUCAUCAAAGUGGGGUCUUUAGAGGAGAGCGAGACUCGAAGGCUGUUUGCCCAGAUAGUACAUGCGGUGCAGUACUGCCAUGACCAUCACAUUGUCCAUAGAGACAUAAAGGCCAGCAACAUCUUGAUCGACUACAGGGGAAAUGCCAAGCUGUGUGAUUUUGGCUUGGCUGCUGAAGUGAUUCCUGGACAAAAGCUGGCAGGUUUCUGUGGCACGCUGCCCUACUGUGCCCCGGAACUCUUGCAAGCAGAGAAAUAUGAGGGCCCCCCUGUAGAUAUCUGGAGUUUAGGGGUCCUCCUGUUCCUCAUGGUAUCUGGGAACUUGCCUUUCCAAGGCAGGUAUUUUGUGGACUUAAAGCAGGAGAUCAUCUCUGCAAACUUCAGCAUCCCUUCCCAUGUUUCCAUUGAUAUUCUCAAUGUCAUCAUUGAACUGCUGAUGAUCAAUCCCAGCAGGAGGCCCACCAUCCACCAAAUCAUGAGGCACCCCAUGAUCAGGGGCAGUGAGGCAUGUUUACCACCUACUUCCACACAGAUUUCCCAGGCACCCCAAGCCACAGCAUUGUCAGGACCAUGAGAGUCAUCACAUAGAAGCCUGACAGGAAUAUGUCCUCCUGCAGUCCCCAAGAGGAGCUCUGUGGAUACCUGCAGCCACCUAAGAGUGUAGGUGUUCCAGGAUCCUCCUCUGGGGAUAUCUUAGAGAAAGAGACCCUCAUGGAAAAAAGAACCUCACCCAGGAAGAGGACAUCAAACAAGAAGAGGUUGUCCAUCAGAAAGUUGCUGUCAUUUGAGAAGAACCCAUUAUUGGUGGCCAGCCUCAGGAUGGAGGUGGAGCCACCCUGCUACAUCUACUCUAGUAGUGACUCACUUGACAGGCUUAGAAACCUGGAAGCAGUCCUGAGGCAAAGAGUUUCACGGAAACUUAGUCUCCUGGAACCAUAGCAUCCCGUAUAAUAAAUGCUCCAAACUUGUCCUUGCGAAUGG